CGACUCAACAUCCCCCUCUUCUUCUUCUUCUUCUUCCCCCCAAAUUAGAGCACUUAGGGUUUUAUGUCUGUUAACAAUUUCUGCGACGCUGUACAUAUUUCGCGGUUGGAUUUUGAUUUUCUUGACCCGAAUUCGAGCUUCCGACUAACUCCAGUGAAGUGUUUGAUUUAGGAUUAUUUUUUUUGGUUUAGGGAUUUUUGAAUUUGGUGAGGUUGGGGGAGUCAGGGUUUUUGGUUGCUGUGAGGAUUUGGAAUUCGAUGGCGACGGUGGGAGCGGAAGACGUGGAGUACGAGAGUGAUCCGGAAGAGGCCAAACGAUCGCUGGCGAUGCGGCGGCGGGCGGCGGCGAGCGAUGACGAGGAAGGUGAAGGAGAGGGGAGGGAGAAGUCGAGGCCGGAUCGGAGCGCUCCUGCUCACUCCGAUGAUGAAUCGGACGAUCAGGGCGGCGCGGCGGAGUAUGACGACGAUGAUGAAUUGGUAGAGGAUGAGGAGGAGGAGGAGGUUUAUGAGGAGGAAGAAGAGCCAUAUGUGGAGAGAGGACCGGGCGGCGAGACGGUUUUGGUGCUGAAUGAAUUGGAGGACGUCGGAGGCAGCGAUGGGAGGAGAAGGUCGGUGGAUGGAAAGGUGGAUGAGGACCAGGGUGGAGAGGAUGAGGGGGAGGAGGAGAAGAAGGAGAAUGAGCCCUUUGCGGUGCCCACGGCUGGGGCAUUUUAUAUGCAUGAUGAUCGAUUUAGGGACAAUGCCGGUGGUCGGAGCAGGCGAAUACAUGGUGGAAGGAAGCUAUGGGAGUCUAAAGAUGACAAGAAGUGGGGGCAUGACAAGUUUGAGGAGAUAACUUUGCAUGAAAGGCACCACGAAGAGGGCAGAAGAUCUUCUAGGGGAAAUUUUCGGGGUCGUGGGAGAAACCGAGGUAUGGAUCGUGGGUCUGCUACUGGAAACAGGACUAAAGAGUAUGAGACUAAUAAUCAGAGACAGGUACCCAAGGCUGUAAGAGGGAGAGGACCCAGAAGGUAUGAACCUGCUGUUAGAAAUAACAGACAGUCGCCUUCAACACAACACAGGCAGUCUGGAAAGUCUGUUGACAAAGUGACACAAGCUAAUUCUGAGAGGAAUUUUGCUCCCCCAUCAAAUGCAGAAUCUGAUUCCGUUCCUGCUAGGAAAGACAUCUUUGCAUCAAGCCUGAAUUCAGCUUCUCCUCCUUUUUAUCCAUCAGGAUCCUCCAAUAAGGAGUUCAAUCUUAAUCCAAAAAGGGAUGCACAUGUUGGAAAUGCCAAGAGGAAUGCUCGUCCAUCUGUAUCAGAGGAGAAUAUUUCCGGGCGACAGGCCAAUGCAUAUCUGCGAGGGAAGAAUGUACCUGAAUCGGUUGGAAUUGGCAUGGAAAAGCCUUAUUUUGAUGAUUCAAAGAAUCCAGGAUCUGGAAAAAAUUCAGCCACCUCACAAAUAUCAUCAUCUGGGUCUUCUAUCGUCACUCUUACUCCAGCUUCUCAUUUUAGGGUUCACGGAAGAGGUGCUAACACAGGACAUAUGAGCUAUCGACCUGUUGGAACUCAAAACCAGAUGCCAACAGCUCCAUCACCACAGUUCCAUGGUGUUCAGCGUAAUCCCGUCCAAAAUCGGUCCCAACUGGCUGUGCAAGCUCCUCCCCAGCAGUUGGGCCAACGCCCUGUUAGUGGAUCUCAAGCUUCAUCUCCUCCUAAAACACCUGGAGAAGUUGAACCUUCAGAUUCAAGUAAAAUUAAAGGUGCACUAGUUGCAAAGGGAAAAGGCAGUACUCAAGGUAAUGGAAGGGGAGCUCUUACUUACAAUGGUGCUCAGGUUAUUGAGGCCACUGGAGCUAUGGCUGUUAAUCAUGGAGAUCAGAACUUUCCUGGGACUCCUGCCUUUUUGCCUGUUAUGCAAUUCGGUGGUCAGCACCCUGGGGGUAUGGGAGUUCCAGCUGUUGGCAUGGCAUUCCCUGGAUACGUCGCUCAGCCACAACUUGGUGGUGGCAUAGGAAAUUCUGAAAUGACCUGGUUGCCUGUAUUAGCUGGCGCUGCAGGAGCUUUAGGGGCUGCGUAUUGUCCGCCUUAUAUUACUGUUGAUGGAUGUUAUCAUGCUCGCCCAUCAGGACAGACAUCUGUGGGCCCCUUGAGCAAGGAAAAUAAUGUAAACAAAACCAAUAAUGAAUGGAAGCCUUCAGAAAAGCCUGAAAUAGUGGGUGAUGAGUAUGGGCAGCGACAGAAUAAGCCUCGCAGAUAUUCACAAAUGAAUGUUGCCAGUGACGUUCUUCAAAAUAAUACAGAGCUUGUUUGAUAAACAGUUAAAGGUUCUAUCCUGCCCGAAUUUAACUUUUAUGUUAUUUUGGGCAUCGCAAAGUUCUGAGUUGUGAUCAUAUGGUUCUGCAGGCCUUCGUCUAGGCCCUUUGUGAUCUUCAGCUUAUGUUCUGGAGCACUUUGGGCCAAUGUGUUCCAAGAUAUCCUAGUUGUGUAUGACAAACACCUGCUCAUGCUGCACUCAAUUUAAGAUCAUCAAUAUUGCGGCUUGAUGGGUGGCAGUUUCUUGUUUGAAUAUUCGGUUUUCUCGUGGUUUGAUUUUCAGUUCAAAAGCUUGUGAGAAUGUAGACGGCUUCCUCAUAAACUACUAUAUAGAAGAAAAUUGGAAAAGUGCAAGAUUAUUGUGCAGCAGCAGUUUGCGUAGUGGAGUUUAUUACGUUCCUUUAAUCUCUAUAGAUGUUGCAUUGAACUUUUUUUACUUUAAUAUUUUCAUUUGUUAUGACCUUGGUGAUAGUUUUGCUUGCGUUGAGUAUGGGAAUCUUUUUUGCUUUGUCCUCUUGAUGAUGAAACUAAAUUGAUGCUGUAAUCAGUGUUAUUAUGAGUUCUUGUU